AUGGGUAGCAUAUUUAAAGAUGGCCGUAGAAUAUUAGUCAGACCAAAAUCUUUAAUAAUCUGCUUAUGUUUAAUUUCAAUAAUUUUCACUCAACUCAUUAGGUAUCAAUACCAACUUAUAGCUGACGAGGUUCAACCAACUAUUAAUGAAGACCAUUCAUCGUCACAGUCACUAAAGAACACCAAACUAAAUUCAACGAGAAGCUCGUCACCAAUAUCUCCACCAAAAUCCUUAAAUAAGCUAACAUCACAAGAGUUUUGGGAGCACAUAUUCAAUAUUUUUGAGAUCAACAAAUUCGACGAUGGAUUAAAGCCAUUAAUCAAAUACACACCAAAGGAACAACAACUAACCACCAAGAUAAAGACUCGGGACUGGUUAUUAUCAAAAGCUAACAUAUUCCACAAGGAUAUAAUCAGACAGUACCAUGAAUCAGUAUUGCGCAAUUUACCCAGCAAGUUACCUAAGUCAGUUUACACUCCAAACACCUAUGGUAUUGUCACUAUUGGAGGCAAUUUCUAUUCGUGGAUGGCUUAUAUUCAGCUAUUACAGCUACGUAAAUUAGGAUCUAAUUUACCCGUGGAGAUACUCAUUCCAUCCAUCGAGGAUUAUUAUAAAGAAGCGCAUUUUUGCGAUCAUGUUUUACCUCAAUAUAAUGCAAAGUGUAUUCUAGUGCCGGAGAAAUUGGGGUUUAAUGUUGCCAAGCACUGGAAAUUUUCUAGCUACCAAUUCAAAGCUUUGGCACUUUGUUUAAGCUCGUUUCAACAUGUUUUGAUAUUGGAUUCCGAUAACGUCGUCCUACUGAAACCGGAAAAAGUUUUCGAUUCUCCUGUUUACCGUGACAAUGGUAUGGUUUUAUGGCCAGAUUAUUGGGAAAGAACAAUAUCCCCGGAAUGGUACGACAUCAUUGGCAAACCUGUAGUAGGUAAUAAGCAAGUGAGAACUGGCCGUUUUCCUGUUAAUAUACACAAUAUGUUAACCAGCGAGCUUGAGAUUAAUGAAACUAGAUUCCACGAUCUUGAAGGUGCUUUACCUGAUUUGUCGACUGAGUCUGGUCAAGUUAUGUUUAAUAAAAAGACUCACGGGAAAGUCAUGUUGAUGACUUUGUAUUAUAAUAUUUUUGGUCCUGAGAUUUAUUAUAAACUAUUUAGCUUGGGGGCAUUGGGUGAAGGUGAUAAAGAUACUUUUGCUGCUGCGGCUCUUGCUUGUGGAGAGAAAUACUAUCAAGUGGCAUCAUCUAUUAGGACAUUGGGAUACUUUGACACUACUCCUGGUGGUGGAUUCCAUGGAAUGGCCAUGGCACAAAAAAAUCCUCAAUUGGAUUAUCAGCUAUUUCAGAAAACUAAUCAAAAUUUCAAAGAUUUGCAUUUGGAUUGGGAUAAUGAAGCUAAAGAUCAAUUCAGUGCCAACAAUAAAAUCCCUAUUUUCACUAUGCAUUGUAAUAUUAAAAAGAUUAACCCAGCAGCAUAUAUGAAAGAUGAAAAAAUUGCUAAUAUGGAUGAAAAAAGAAUGAAUGUCAGAUUUUAUUCAAAUUUGAAAUUUAAGUUGAAUGAUGAUGAUAUCUAUAGUCCUGAUAAUGAAAAAGAGAAAAACAAAUCUGAAAAAACAGAUAAUGACCCCAAUGAGAUUGAUUUUGAAUUAUCGAGAUGGCAGAUUGUUUCUGAGAUUCUUUGUGACCAAAAAAUAACAUUUCAAUUCUUGAAAGAUGAAAAUAUGGAUGAAGUGUGUCAAUUUGUUAAAAAUACCAUUGCAUGGUUAGGGAAAAAGACAUAA